UCAAUCUGUCAAAACAAAUUCUUGAUAACAAAACUAUUGAGGUACUGAAUAGAGGUUUAAACUUUGCUCCUGCGCCGCAAAAAAUACCUUGCGAAGAAAUAAUAAGUCAUGUGGAGGAUACUUUAUUCAAAAACAACAUUCUUAAAGAAGACGCGGAGGCGAUUCGGCAAGACAUAUCUUGUGUACUACGCACUUGCAAACCGCCGAAACCUAACAUCUCUCGCUCUGAGUCUAUCGCUUUAAAACACCUGCGAAAGAAUGAAGAUAUAAUAGUACUCCGAGCUGACAAAGGAAACGCAACGGUUAUAAUGGAUACGUCAGAUUACAACAACAAAAUGUCGGAAAUACUGUCGGACGAAAACACCUACAAAAAAGUCGACAAGGACCCAACAAAUAAGGUAAUGAAACAAACAACUGACCUUAUAAAUAAACACAAAACGACAUUAAAUCUUGACACUAAGUAUCUUAUUCCAUCUUGCGUGAAACCUCCUAAGAUGUAUGGCUUACCUAAAAUACACAAAACUAAUACUCCAUUAAGACCUAUUGUGAGUCAAAUUGAUACACCCACUCAAAAACUAUCACAACACAUGUCUAGGGUGCUCGCUCCCCUCAGAGGUAACACCAGUGCUUAUGUUAAGGACUCAUACCAUUUUGUUGAGAUAUUAAAAGACCUAAAUAUCGCAAACAAUGAAACUAUGGUUAGCUUUGAUGUGCAGUCUCUUUUUACUAAUCUCCCGGUGACUGAUUGCAUCAAUAUUGUUAAGAAAAGGUUAGGUGAACACAAUAUGCCAUUAGAAUAUGCAGAGAUCUUAGAACAUUGCCUAACAUCUGGCUAUUUAUUGUGGAAUGGUGAAUUUUACAUGCAGGUUGAUGGGGUGGCCAUGGGCUCUCCAGUAUCACCCGUUGUCGCUGAUAUUUUUAUGGAAGACUUCGAGGAGAGAGCCUUGGCCACAGCACCAGUCAAACAGAGACUGUAUAAACGCUAUGUAGAUGACACCUUCACAAUACUCCCUACUGAACAUAUACCUGCAUUUUUAGAACAUCUUAACUCCAUACAUAAAAACAUCCAAUUUACUAUGGAGUUAGAAACUAACAACCGUCUAGCCUUUCUUGACAUUUUAAUAAUGAGGGGACGGGAUGGCAUGCUCAACCAUACAGUGUAUAGGAAAGUCACUCAUACUGAUAGGUACCUCAAUGGUGAAUCUCACCACCACCCUUGCCAACUAGCUUCUGUCGGUAAAUCUUUGUUUCAGAGAGCCCGCCACCUCUGUGAUGCUGCCCACCUCAGCGGGGAACUGCAGCAUGUCAAGCGAGUACUACGUAACAACAAGCUGCAGGCGCCUCCACAGCAUCACAGGAGUCGAACGAAGCCACACACAGUUGAAAGACAACCGGCCUACCUACCAUAUGUGAAGGGAGUUACUGACAGAAUUGGAAGAAUCCUAAGACGAGCUUCAAUUAAAACUAUAUAUAAGCCGCAUAAGAAGAUAAACCAAUUCUUGAGACCAAUUAAAAGUAAUAUUCCUCUACAAGAUGCAGGCGUGUACAAGUUAGACUGUGACUGUGGUCUCUCAUACAUCGGCCAAACAAAAAGAAGCAUUGCUAACCGACUGAAGGAGCACAUUGCGGAUAUCAAGCAUCGGCGUCACAAGAAGUCUGCGGUAUGUGAACACACACUGGACAACAACCACUUCAUAAGAUUUGACCAACCACAAAUCCUUGCCAGAGAAAAUAAAUUUUUUCCAAGACUUGUGCGCGAGGCUAUUGAAAUUAAAAAACAUCCAAAUUUCAAUAGAGAAGAUGGUUUGAAACUUUCUAACACCUGGGAUCCUGUUAUUAAGAAUUUAAAAUCCCAUGUCAAACGUACCAAAAGACUAGAAGACACGAUCAGCCAAUACUGCCAACAUCCGGAAAAAUACUCCAGAUACCAACUACGGAGGAAUAGGUGGAGGUAGUUCACAAAUAACAAUUUUUGAAUGACCAUCAAGACGUACAACAUCUCAGUCUCCCCGUGACCACGCUCGCUGUAAAGUGUUCGAAACGUCGGGAAAAUAAUAGAAUGAAUAAAUCGCGUU